CUGUCGGUCCGUCUGAUCCGAACACGCAGCGCUCUCCAGCAGCCCUCACCAUUUCCACUUCAGCGCAGCCUCCAGAGGGGCUCCUUUCGCUGGACCAAGUUGAGCCACCCUCUUGAAUUCAUGUGACACCUACACAGUCCUUUUCUCUGCGCCACUUAUUCUUGGCCGCGCUUCGACUUGCCGCUCUGCUCCGGGAAAUGUGUCGGUAGACAUUCAUACUAGUUGAGCUCCAAAUAACAUGUACAUGAGCAGUCAUUAAGUACCUGCGGACCUGCUGCAGGAGGGGAGAAGUUUUGUUUUAUUUUAAUUUAAUUUUUUUCACGGCUGGGAACCUGAAAUCACUGAAGGAUCUUUACACAAGUGGACAAUGCUGAGACUAGAGACUAUCAUCUGCACUUUUUCUGUGCUGUCAGUCGCAGCAAGAGCAGAUUUUAAAGCACGGAACUGCAGCGAGGUGAGAGAGGCUUGCCAAGAGAGGGGCUUCGCCUUCGCACAUGUUCCUCACCAGGAGAUCCCGGGAGAAGAUCUGCGUGUUUGCACCUAUGAACACACCUGUUGUACCCAAGAAAUGGAAGACCGAUUUGGUCAGCAAAGCAAGUUGGACUUUGAAAAUCUGCUUGAUGAAACCAGUCACACGUUGAGAAGCACAUUUGUCUCCAGACAUAAAAGAUUUGAUGAAUUCUUCCUGGAGCUUCUGGAGAACACGGAGCGGUCCCUGAAUGAGAUGUUUGUGAGGACCUACGGCAAGCCUUACAUGCAGAAUGCAGAGGUCUUUGAGAACCUGUUUGCUGAGCUCAAGCGCUACUACACAGGAGGGAAUGUUAAUCUGGAGGAAAUGCUUAAUGACUUUUGGUCCCGGCUGCUGGAGCGCAUGUUCACGCUGCUGAACUCCCAGUAUGUCAUCACUGAGGACUAUCUGGAGUGUAUCAGUAAGUACACGGACGAGCUCAAGCCAUUUGGAGAUGUUCCCAGGAAGCUCAAGGCUCAGGUUACCCGUGCAUUCAUCGCUGCACGCACAUUCGUCCAGGGACUCUCUGUAGGUCGGGAAGUGGCCCAGAGAGUGUCAAAGGUAAACAGCACCCCUGCUUGUAUACGAGGGCUGACAAAAAUGCUGUUCUGUCCCUUUUGUCGUGGCAUGCCGGGAGUAAAACCCUGCAAGAAUUACUGCCUUAACGUGAUGAAGGGCUGCCUGGCAAAUCAAGCUGAUCUGGAUCCAGAGUGGAACCAGUACAUCGAUGCCAUGCUGUUGGUGGCGCAGAGGCUAGAAGGGCCUUUCAACAUUCAAUCUGUCAUGGAUCCUAUUGAUGUCAAGAUUUCAGAGGCCAUCAUGAAUAUGCAAGAUAAUAGUGCCCAGGUUUCUUUCAGGGUUUUCCAAGGCUGUGGCCAGCCGAAACUUGCAGAAAUCUCGAGGUCUGCUCGUGAUACUUCGGAUGUGUUCAGCGCCCGCUUCAGGCCCUACAACCCAGAGGAGCCGCCCACCGCUGCAGCUGGCACAAGCUUGGACAAGCUGGUUGUCGACAUAAAAGAGAAACUGAAAUUGUCCAAGAAGUUCUGGUCGAGCCUGCCCGAGGCAAUGUGUGUAGAGGACAGAGUGACUGCCGGAAACGUCAGUGAUGAGGACUGCUGGAAUGGACACACCAAGGGCAGAUACUUUCCUGAAGUCCAAAAGGAUGGCCUUACCAACCAGAUGAAUAACCCUGAGGUGGGCGUCGACAUCACACGACCCGACACCUUCAUCCGUCAGCAGAUCAUGGCUCUAAGGGUGAUGACCAACAAGCUGAGAAAUGCAUACAAUGGCAAUGACAUCUACUUUCAGGACACAAGUGAUGAAGGCAGCGGCUCAGGCAGCGGAAGCGGCUGCACAGAGGGCUGCACCACAGACAUGUACAGCGCUGCCACUGAAGCCCCAGUGGUGAGAGCCGACCGGAGCGGGCCUAUGGAGGAUUCUGCCCCCCACCAUGCACCGUCCAUAGCACUGCCAACCGUGCUGGCUCUGCUAGCUCUAACUCUGCACCGACAAUGGAGAUAAUGAUGGAGCAACAAGCUAGAUAUGGACUGCAGGGUUUUUGUCCCCUUUUUUCUCCUCUCUGGCAGUUUUUGUAUUCAAGCACAUUGGAGCUACAGUCAAGCAAAGAGCAUUCAGCCUACCAGCGUUGAUGCUGCAGGAUUCUGCUCUGAGAAAGAGAGUAGUCAUCCACAUCAUGAUUUUCCACUUUUCCAAAAAUCAUGCAGUUCCAUCCCUAGACUUUAUAUUUCAUGAAAUCAUUUCAGUUUCUAAAACUGAUGUGGAUCCAACAAACUCUGCUUCAGAGAUUUAAAAAAAAUAAAUAAAUCUUUACAUUUCUUUCACAUAUGGCAAAUAUAAACAUAGAUUUCCAAUUGGAAAAAAAAUAUAGUAUGCACUUUGAGUUUUUUUUAUUGAAUUUUUUUGUCUGAAGAAAAUGUAAAAAGAGAUGUGGUUAAAUUAUGCACCUUAAAAAGGUACAAUAAGCUUAAUAAAUGUUUGAUAAUAUAUUUUAAAGAGGUGAUGUACAUCUAAGUGCAAGAGGAUUCAGGAACCAUGUCCGCUUUGGUUAGAAUUUGAUUAAAUAUAACAUUAUGCCAUUUAUUGAUUUGUGAAGGAAAAACAAUUCUUUUCAAUUUCCUUUUUGUGAAUGCAAAUUGAGAUCUUUCAUACAGUUUCAAUCAUUUUGGGGCUGUAGAUGCAUAUAUUGUUUUAAACACAAUCUGCAAAAACCUACAAAUACUCACAAAAUCUGUUCAGCAGUGGCCUUGUGCUACAGCUGACUUGAAGGGUUAGGAUUAACAUUUUAUUUACUUUGCCUUGCACCAACUCCAUAAUCUGCAAAAUAUGCUCAUAUCUUGCCAGUUUCUUAACUUAGCUUAGAACCUAAAAUCAUUUCUAAGAGGGUUUUUUUUCUGUUUUAUCUGCAGAGAAUAUGCCACUAAUUUACUGUUAUGUAGCUCUAUGGCUAAACAGCUAUGGUAACAUUUUGUUUAAGAUGUGGUCGUUCAGUAUAGUUUAAAAUAUUUACUUCUAGUUUAAAGGGAUAAAUACUGUCAUAAUUUAAUUUCAUCAAUAAUGGAACAGGUAGGUAGCUACAGUGGCUAAUUAUUAAUUUUCUAUUACAACCAUAAGGGUCUUUUGUGGAUUUUUUAAGCUGAGUUCAAUUGAGAGGAAAUGGCCCAUCAGUAAUUUACCUUUAAUAGAUAACUCUCUUAGUGUCUUAACAUUGAUGAAAGAUAAGAAAUUCAAAAGCUGUUAAAUGACCUAAGAUAUGCAGGAGAUGAUUAUUCUCCUUGGUCUGUAGCUAUUUAUUAUGAAGACUUUUGCCGUCUGUGGUCCAUAACAAUGAUAUUUCUAUACUAAACAAACUUUGAAACAGAAUAGAUUUUAGUGUUUUUCCAUUCAAACCAUUGUUAUGCAAGUUCACUUUUCACAAGAAUUAGUUGUACUUUCAAUUCACACAGGUUAAAACAGAUUUGGUUCAUAUUCAAAAUUCACUGUUUUAAUAUUUUUGUGUACAGUCACACCACAUAAAAUUUCAAUUUACAAUUCUCAACAUUAAUUAGCACUUUGAUUAUUUUGCAGCCUAGCAUUUGCCAGGUGAGUCUCUCUGCUCACAUAAAACAUUUUUUUUUGUUUGACCAAACUAUCAAUAAACCUCUUCUCAUGCACAGAAUUCCCUGCUUGAAUUGUAAGAGAUCAACAUGAGCAGAAAAUGUUGAUUCUGCUUCAGUACUCGAACUAGAAAACCCUUCACUCAUGUGAAUUAUCCUCACUGUUAUACUGGUUAUCCUUAUAUAGCUGGUAGAUGUGACAGAAUCCAUUUAAGUGUUGCUUCAGUCUUAGGCUUGUUUUUUGUACAUAGAAAAACCUUAACAUGAAUUUUUUGACACAAUACUGAUAGAACUGGAGUAAAGAAACAACUCAACAUAAUCUACUUCUUUUAAAUAGUCUUGAUUUAGACCGUCAGCUUAUAAUAUUAGGUAUGUUUGUGUGUGCAUUUUCAAUAAUGUCUGAGCAUAAAGACAGAUAAAUGUGCUAGAGACAAAAGCCUAAAGCAAACCAGUGAUCCCUGUGAUACGUUUCAGGAUAUCACAAGGGAGCAAUUCAUGCUUCUGAACUGAGAAACAGCUUUGUUCAAGUCAGUUGUUUGAAAAAGCUAACGCCACUUAUGUAAACACUAUUUUGAACAAAGUCAAGUGCGGAUAACACUGAAACAAAAAGUCAUUUCAAUGGACUAUGGACCGAUCUUUACUGUAAAAAACAUUAUCUAUUUAACACAGCCAUUAAAUACAAAAUUAAACCCAUUAAACAUUACCUAAUAUUGAACUUUUUCAAUAUUAGGUAAUGUUACCUAAUAACAUUAGGUAAUGUUACCUAAUAACAUUACCUGAUAUUGUUGGGUAUUAGAUCAUCUAUUAAGGUACCUUGAUCAAAUCAUCAAGGUAAUAGAUGAUGGCACAUAUGUACUUUUGUCUUAGCACUUAUUAGGAGGUCAAAUGUAAUGUUUUUAACAAAACACUAAGAGAGUUAUCUACUUCAGGUUACUAAUCUCUAACCAGAUACAGAAAAAUCUUUCACACCUGUGGCUCUGAAGACAAUCAAGUUAGGAGAUUCCUAUUGGGCAUCUCAAAUUAAGUUUCCCACUAACAUUUUCCAUUUGAAUUACAAUGAAAUUAUAUGCAAAUAAAAAUUAUUCGGUUGGUCUACAAGAGCAAACCUAUAUUCUUGUGCUGCUGUGAACUUUACAUGAAUUUAAAUUAACUGACUGUAUCAUGUUGUAGUGCUGCAUCCUCAGAAUAUAUUACACGUAUUUACCAACUAUCAUCAGAUGUUUCAUACCUACUGGAACUACAUUUAGAAAAACGCAAAAACAUGCUACUUCUUUGCAUAUUGAGUAACUGCUCUACUCUAAUCCCAGGCAGUAUUUAAAAAUGUCAACUUCAAAUGACAGAAUUGAAAAGAAUAUAUAAGUACAUAUUACCAUACUUGUUGUAUGUCUGGGAGUUAUUAAGAGAGGCAGGGAGCAAACAUCACACAGUGGUGACAGGGAAUGCUAAGAAUGACUCCCUGAAUUUAUCUGGAAAGCUUGAAUGGUUAUGUCUGCAGCACAGACAGGCUUGAAGCCGACCACAGUCACCUGUGAAAUGAGAAUCUGUGGGGACUGGACAAGGCUGAAUGCUUCAGUGAAGCUCCUCAGUAGAGCGUACUUACAGAGAAUGUGAGAGACCUUGGCACCGCUGAGGGGCGCGGACAAAACCAGCCUGGAUGUGCGCUCCCUGUUCUCUGAGAGCCCGUCAGGUUCAUAACCAGCAGGCCAACUGAGCAUACACAUCCACAGAAUUAGCCUAUGUCAUGCCCUUCACAAUGUAUCAAGAAAAACUUUUGCUUUUCAAUAUUAUUUGAAGUACUCAUUUACAUCCACAGUGCAAGAACAACAAUACAGAAAAAAUACUCAAUGUGUUUUUUUUAAGUUAUUCUUUAUUCUGACUAUUGAUCUCACAGGAUGCCAUUUUUGUUUUUAAAUCAUUGAACUUUUAAUAUUUUUGCAAUAAAAGGUUAAAAACAACAGCUAACCCAGUGCUGAAUUACAUCAAUUCUUUACAAGUCACAUUUAUUUUUACUUUUACCUUGGAGGUAGAGAGUUUGUUGAGCGAAGAUGCCUUAAUGUAUUUCAACCAUACCGUGAAGAUGAUUGCAUUUGUUUUAUUACUAUUGAGAAUAAAUUCUAAACAUUUUUAAAACAGA